GGGCGAUACAAUUGUAAAAAUAAACGACAUGCAAGUGUCGUCACAAGCGCAACUCGCCUCAUUGCUACUUUCUUGUGGACCAACUGCACGAUUCAUCGUCUUACGCGAUAAAGGCAGCUGCAACAUUGAAUACUGCGAAGAUAAUUCAGCUUCAUACGAACACGAAUCAAAAAAAUUGCAAAGCAUUCAUGCGGAGAAGGCAGCGAAUGGAAUUGAUUGUGGAUAUUGUUUCAAGUUAUGUCCAUUCACUGAAUUAUUGAUCAACAAUGGAUUCAUUUCGUAUAAAACCAGUCCGUCCCCAUAUACCGCUCGAGUAGUUUUGCAGGAUGUGACGAUAUGUUUCAACGAUAAAUCGGGUAGAAAGUUAGGGUUGGGAAUAAAGGAUUGUCAUCAUGCAGUGAUAGUUUCGCGUACGGACCCAGGUUCUGUGGCGGCCGAGUUGCUGAAAAAAGGCGAUACGAUUACUAACAUUGAAGGUUAUAAAACAACGAAUAAAGACGAUGCUAGAUCGCUACUGCUCAACUCGUUAAAGAAAAAUGGUAAAGUAAAACUGAGAAUAUUGCGUGCA